AUGGUUUCAGAAGGCACUCAAACCGAAUCACCAAAUCCAACACCAGGACAAGAAGCUCCGUUCCCAAAGACAUUCAGUCCACACUAUCCCUUGAGCCCAGUCCGCUCUCACUCCGAGUCCUCGGGCUCCAAACCUCACUUUCCCCCAUUCCCACCGUGGAGGGAACUCCGCCACCGCAUCUACGGCCCUCAUCAGACUCACCCUGGAUCUGCUAUGAAUGAGGCAAAAGUCGAGGACUACCUUUCGCCUCCCGAAGAGCCUCCAAAGUGCCCAAUGACGCCACAGGCAGAUCUAUACCACGGCCAGUCACCAUCUACAUUUGGGAUGCAGUUUGGCCGUCCCAACAAGACAUAUAUGAGAGCCGACACAAAGCCAGCAAACUCCCAUCAGAACUACGAGGACCACAAGCACCGGAUGCUAAUGGAAUGGCUCGAAAGGAGGAACUCUGUGUGA